AUGGAGGCCAUCUCAAUGAGUGUGUCCAAGGAACAGAAAACACCUUUAGUUGUUCAAGGGACAGAUUGCACACAGAUCAAAGCUCUCUCCCCUCGAGCCACCAGUGGGGUGUAUGUCAUUCAGCCUGCAGGAGUCACAUCCCCCUUUAUGGUGUAUUGUGAGAUGCUGGCGGACGGAGGCUGGACAGUCUUUCAAAUGCGCACUGGGGCAGAGGUUCUUUUCAACAAAACGUGGGCUGAAUACGAACAAGGCUUUGGGAUUUUACAGAAGGACCACUGGCUGGGUCUGAGUAAGGUGUUUGCUCUAACCAAGGGGGGCAGGGGGCGGAGUUCGACUAUGCGGGUCAACCUGUGGGACUUUGAAGGGGGCACUGCCUUCGCUGAGUACCGUGACUUCCGUCUGGGCACGGAGAAGGAGAGCUACAAGCUGAACGUUGGAGCCUACAAGGGCAACGCAGGUGAUGCCAUCCGUGGGAAAUACGCAGGCAUUGACCAGAACGGCUUUGGCUUCAGCACAACUGACAAGGACAAUGACGGCUGCUCACCCUGCAUCUUAUUUGGCGACAUCGCCGUGGACAAGUGCAGCUUCUUGGAUGGAGGAGGGUGGUGGUACAGUCGCUGUGGCUCUGCCAGCCUGAACGGUGACUGGCACCCCGCCGGUGAACACAUCGGCUGGAUCUCUGGCCUCCACUGGGCGACCUGGAAAGGACGUGUCCCGUACUCAACCCGGGCCAGCCGCAUGAUGAUCAAGUCUGUGUGGGAGAAGUUAUUAUAG